AUGGCGGAAACCCCUAUUCUCCGUUGCAACCCGCGAUGGGCUCCGAGGUCUGACGACGUCGUGGUUUUCAUCCCGGAGGAUCUUGUGUCGAUGAUUUUGAUGUGUCUCCCCGUGAAAUCUAUCGUGCGUUUCAAGUCCGUCUCCAGAGAUUGGCAUCGGACGAUCUCCAGCAAGUCCUUCAUCACUUCGCAUCUGCACCAAGAAAGACGAAUCCAACCAACCUUAUCAUUCCUUCAACAUAUAACGAGGAUCAGAAUGUAUAGAUACGAGGAAGCUGGUCGCCUAGACAAGGCUACUCUUUUUUUUGAGACAGUCACAGAACGAAUCAAACGAUGCAUUGACGACUCUUUACAUUCCGAUGGUUUGCUUCUCGUCUCCGUUUCACCGUCUCGCACAUACUUAUGCAACCCAGCCACCCGAAAGCUCCUAGACUUGCCUACCGCAGGACUUGUGUGUGAUCCCAAACUCGAGUACAACCUAGGAUUCAGGUUGGAUCCACGAACUAACAACUACAAAGUAGUCCACUAA